AUCCGCCAAUUGGAGGAAGAGUUACGGAUCACUCACAUGCGGAACCCGGACGCCGACGUUCAGCAACAUAUCGACGCUCUUUACUCCGAGAAGGAGCACAUGUCUAAAGAGAUAUAUCUCUUACGGGAAACAAUUAAAGAAUUGGAGUUACGGUUAGAGACCCAGAAGCAGACUUUGGCGGCCAGGGAUGAGAGCAUCAAGAAGUUGAUGGAAAUGAUGCAAAACAAAGGCAUCGGCGGAAAGAUUAUGGAAGAGGAGAGGAUGGAGUACGAGAGGCUCAGGUCUAGGAAUAUUGAGCUCGAGACCCGACUCAGACAUAUCGAACACAUGCUCGAGCAGAAAGAGAAAGAGGUUUUACGGACAAACGAAUCGAAAGACGAACCCAUUUAUUGCAAUACAAAUAUUGAUGAAUACAAUGAAUCAAACAGUAAUUACAAACCAAUAAGUGAUGAAAAUAAUGAAAGCGAACCGCAAAUGCUUAGAGCGAUGGUUGAGAUAAAGGACUCGAGAAUCAAGAGUCUUGAACAGGAACUGGAACUCUUUGAAUGGGAAUUUCAACGCCUGAAAGGCAAUACCACCACCUCUUCCUCCUCGGCUCAUAACGAGUCCAUACAAUCGUCGCACUCGUCGUUGAAUCACAAGACGACGACAACGACUAACACCACUAAUAAUAAAUGUGUCGCCAAAAGAGUUAAAUGCAAAAGUGUUUCAGACGUUAACGACAGGAAUUGUGAUUUACAAUCAGUAAUUCAUUUGUCAAAUGAUAGCAAAUGUGUUGUGACUGACGCUGAGAAAGAGAUGGAAGAGUUGAAGAUAGAGCUCAACAAACGAGAUCAGGAGAUACUGGCGGUCGGGGCGAAGAUGAAGACUCUGGAGGAGCAGCACCAGGACUACCAAAGACACAUCGCUGUACUCAAGGAGUCCCUCUGUGCCAAAGAGGAGCACUACAACAUGCUUCAGGCAGAUGUGGAAGAGUUGCGGUCCCGACUCGAGGAGAAGAAUAAGAUGAUUGAGAAAAAGACAGCGCAAACGAUGGCCACCACUCAGGAUAGGAAUAAAUUAAAUCAAGAAUUGCAAGAACUCAGAGAUCAUAUCGAUAUAAGAGAUAGAAAAAUAAAUGUUUUGCAACGAAAAAUCGAGAAUCUCGAGGACUUAUUGAAGGAAAAGGACAAUCAGGUGGAGAUGGCCAGAGCCCGGCUGACCGCCAUUCAGGCCCACCACUCGACCUCCGAGGGCGCGCUCACCAGUCUUGAGGACGCCAUCAGCGAUAAAGACAAACAGAUCAACCAAAUUAAGGAACAAAGAGAUCGCGCAGAGCAUGAACUCCAUGAGGAGAGGGGUCUUCACGAGCGACAAGUGGCCGAACACAAGAUGAAACUCCAUUCGCUCGAGAAUGAGAUGGAAAAACUUCAGGUAAGACUGGAGAAACUGUUGGCAGAGAAGGAUCGCGUGGAGGCGAAGCUGGAGAACUCGCAGUCAGAGUUGGGCAAAGCUCGGGCCGAAUUGGACAAGACUGCGACCGACACAUGGCGUCAGACCAGUGACUGGGAUCGGCUCAAGUCGGAGAACGCGCGCUAUAUAUUGGAAAACGAUAGACUGCGGGAACAGUUGGACAGUCGCUCCAAGACUACCACUGGUCGAGACUCGGCCGGAGGUGCCUAUAGGGACAGAGAUCGCGAGCGCGAACGCGACUACGAGUACGGCCGGGAGGGCUCGUCGUUGGCCGCGAAGACUAGUCUAUUCGCUAAGUCCGAGGAAAGAGAGGCACUGCAGGAGAAGCUGGAGAAGACACAGCAGGAUCUGCGCAGAGCUCAGGCGGAGCUCCGCAUGAAUCAGGCCGAACAGGACCGCAGCCGCACAGACAUGGAUCAGCUCCAGGAGAAGGUCGAGCGCUCUCAGGGAGAGAUCUAUCGCCUGAAGGCUAAGCUGGAGAACGCUUUGUCGGAAAGGGAGUCGUUGUCCGAAGAGUACGAUCGGAUCCAAUCGCAGAUCACUCGGUCGCAGAUCGAGAAGGACGUGGCGGUGGCCGACGCCGAGAAGUGGCGUCUGGACGCCGACCGCAUUCAGGCCACACUCGCCAAGACUCAGACCCAAUACGAGAAGACGCAGACAGUGUUGGACAAGACUCAGGUGGAGUGCGACCACUUGCAGGAGAAGUACGACAAAGUGUGUUCGGAGACCCGCAGGCUUCAGGUGGAAAGGGAUCGCUAUGCGGGAGACGUCGAGCACUUGCAGUCACAGAUCGGCGCCUCUCAGAGUCAGUACCAGAAGAUCCAACUCGAGAGAGAGGCAGCCCUUCACGACGCCGACAAAAUGAAGGAAAAGAUGGACAGAUCGCAGACACAACUCACCCGCUAUCAGAAGGACAGAGACGCGGCCUUACAUGAGGCCGAAGUGAUGAAGGAAAGGGUGGAUCUGUUGCAGACACAGCUCACCAAAGCCAACAAAGACAAGGAAGCGCUGGGAGACGACUUGCAAUUGAUGCGCGAGAGAGCGGAUAAGGCCCAGAAGGCGGCCGACAAGUGUGAGUCACUCGUCCAGCAGAAGGAACAGGACGUGCGGUGCGUUCGCUCAGAGAUGGAGAAACUGCAGCUCCACUACCAUAAGACACAGGAGGACCGGGAGAUCAAUCGCGCCGAACACGACAUACUGAUGGAGAAGUUGGACAGAGCGCAGGCAGAAGUGGUCAAACUUCAGGCCAAACUCGAUCAGAGCCAGACGGAGGCCGAGCGCCUCCACAUCGAGCUCGAGAAGGCGCAGACCAUCGCCGCCAAAGCCAAAGAGGACCAGAAGAGAGCUCAGGACGAGUUCGAGGGUCUGCAGGAUAUCUACGCCCGAACCAACUCGAAGCUCAUCAAGAGUAAGGACUCGGAGGAGAAGUUGCGCACAGAAUUGGAGAAGUGUUUAAUGGAUUUGGAAGUAAUGCGCGAGAAGUACGACAAGUGUCAGCAGGAGAUGCGCCGAGUGUUGGCCGAAAGGGACAAAUUGCACGCCGACUCCGAACGCGUGACCACCGAAUUGGAUCGCUUCCAGAGUCAACGCCAGUCGACACAAUCGCGCGACGAGAAGACACAGGAAGAGCUGCAACGGUUGCACAUCGAGUUGGAACAGAUGUACGCCAAGUGCGAGAGAGCUCAGGCCGACUACCGGAAGGGUCAGACAGAGAAGGAGCGGUUGGCGGUGGAGAAGGAGUCCCUGCAGUCAGAACUGGAGAGAUAUAAGACUUCAAUGAAUAAGUUCGAGUCGAGUCAAGAGAAGACUCAAAUCGAGUUCGAGAGACUCCGCAUAGAUAUGGAGAGAAUCAAAGAUAAGUACGAAAAGGCGAGAAUCGAUUUGGAGAGGAGUAACGCAGAGAAGGAGCGACUGUUUGUCGACUUACAGAAGACACAGUCAGAGAUGGAGCGCUUGAGAGCCGACAAGACUCUGUCCCAACAGCGAGAGUCGGCCGCCGUUGAGAUCGAGAAACUCUAUGCGGAAGUGGAGAAGAUUCGCGAGAAGUACGAGACGGCCAGAGCCGAGUUGGUCCGCAUCCAAGAGCUCAAACAGCGCCAAGAGUUGGACAUCGAAGCCCUGCAGCGAGAGUUGGACGCAUCCAAAGCCAAGAUCGACAAGAAUAAGGCCUCCGAAGACAAACAGAAGCUGGAGAUCGAAAAAGCGAUGAUUGAGUUCGAGAAGAUCAGGGAUAAGAUGGAGAGAAACCAAACAGAUUUGAGUAAAGCCCAGAAGGAGAGGGACGGACUCGCCGUUGAGGUCAAACAACUCCAGACAGCCCUCCAACAGACCAAAGCUCAACUCGAGGCCGCACUCAAGGGUCAGGCGGCGACCGCACCCGUGGCCACCGGUGCCGCCGCUCAACAGCAACCACUCAAUGGAGAUCAGGUCCAGAAAUAUACGGCUGAAAUCAAUCGCAUUAAACAGUUGUUGACAAAGUCGGAGACAGACCUGCAGAAGAAGUUGUCGGAGAACCAGAGGCUGCAGAUGGAGGUGGAGAGCCUGAAGCAGGACAUACUGGACGCCAACGAUUACAUCACUCAAAUGCAGGCGUCGGGCGCCGCCACGGGUUCGGCCGGCAAACAAGAGACCGACCGAAUGGCUGUUGAGGUCCGCAAACUGCAGGACAACUGCGAACGAACGCAAUCCGAGCUGAAGAAAGUGAUCAAAGAGAGGGAUCAGUUGCAGAUCGAGGUGCAAGAGUUGGCCACCGCUUACGAGUCGCGUCGCAAGUCUGGCGAACAGCAGCGCCGCUCGUCCGCCGAAUCUCAACAACAGAUUCUGGCCCUUCAGUCGGACCUCCAGAAGAUGGACCAACAGUUGCGCAAAACCGAGACCGACAACAAGGAGUUGAGGGCGAAGUUGGAGAAGUCGUUGGCGGCGAUCGCGCAGUUCCAGAAGCAGUUGGAGAACGGGUCCAAAGAGUUCCAGAAGUUGGGCCAAGAGAAUCAACAGUUGAAACAGCAGACAGCGGCCCAACAGCAACAACAGCAGCAGUUGCAGCAACAGUUGGCCCAGAAGUCGGGUCCCGACUCCGCCAAACUCGUCGAAGAGGUGAACCGUUUGCGCGCGGAGUUAGAGAGACAGCGAUCGGAGACACAGAAGUGGAUGCAAGAGGCGGAACAGCUCCGCAAACAGCUCGAGAAGGCCCAGCAGGACAUCAAGACCUGCGCCCUCGAGAGAGACCGCUUCCAGAGCCAACUCGAGAAGAUUGUCAACGAAUUGGCACAAAAAGAGGUGACUUUUUUCGGUUCGAGUAGAAGUAGUGAAGCGUUUAUUAUGCGCUCAAACCGUUUGAAUCCAAUCAUUGAAUCCAUUAUUUUUAAUAGAUGUUAA